GCUAAUCAUAGUGGUAGUUGACGUACAAUAAAAAGGCAUAAUCAUUUUCCUCCUAUAUUUUGCCCUUUUGUACAGGAGAGAGAUAUCGUCUUCUAAUUUGGAACUCGGGGAAGUCAAAAAGGGAAAAUAAAUUUAAAUGAGAUUUGUGGCAUGGGCAGGAAUUUAAAGUGGAUUCACUUGAUGAUGCAAUGUUCACUUGAUCUUUCAUGCAGUUUAUUGAUGGGGACCAGAGUCUUCCAAGUUCGAACAGGUUGUGCAUGCAAGCUGAUCGAUCCCUAAAAUCAAUCAUAUUCACCAAGUGCAUGGCAAGGCAGGAGGGACUUAUCUCGGCAUCUGACAUUCUUCUCCUUGGUUGUUCCAUGUUUUUCAUUGUUUACUUUUGGUUAUUUUGUUCUGUAAAUUUUCCCCAUUCCUGUUAUAUUUUGACCAGAUUGUGAUGUAUGCGGCUGACUUCAAUCACUAAAUGUUCAGGUUGUUUUGGUUUAAGAGUACCCAUAAAGUAGUUUUUGGUUUGCAUCUUUUUAGUUCUAGCUGAAAUUCUCAGUAGUUUAAUAGUUUUACUAGUUUGGUGGUUUAGUUUAGCUUUGCUGGUGUAGCCAGGCAAAUCAUUCAAAGUAGGAUCGAACUGGUAUUGGUUGAUCCUGCAAGAAAUAUUUGGUAUUGCAUUGAUAGAUCCUUUGCCAUCUGCCCAAGGCUGAAUCACCUUAAUUUUUCUGCUUAUUCUCGGUACCCUUGUUUUUUGUGAUCUCAAUAUCAAACUUUUCUGUGGCUUUUGGCAUUGAUGUGCAGGAUAAUGCCAUUUGCUUAUGCUCGACUAUUUUUCUUUAAACAAAAUUUUGCCUGUGAAGUAUUGAUAAUUUGUUCUCUUCUGAAGUUCAAUGAGGUAAAAAAUCAGCCUCAGAAGAGCUAGUGGAAUUUGUGUCUCUGGACAGCACUCUCUGUCUGUUUGUUGUAAGUCCAGUAUUCCUGGUUGGUGGAUGGAUAUGUAGGCUAUCUGCAGUGGCAUAAACCUGGGAAAAUAGAUAUCUGAUCCUUGCGAGGGAUGCUGGAACUGCUUUGUAUCUGUAUCCCCUUGGCUACUGCUUUUCACUAUUACCACACUUACAUCGUUGUGGGUGGACUAUAAUGUAUCAUUGCAGGUAGAGGAUUUGGUUGGAGUCAAUCACAGAGCUUGCUUGCAAUUGUGGGCUUUUGAUUAAAAUGAUGUUUUCUAUGAAUCCUCUCCCAAUUAAAUUGCUCUUCCACUUGAAGCUGAUGCUCCAGAAGUGGCCUAACCACCUAUUGUUUGUGGAUUUUCCGUCUUACCCCUUCUUAUAUCAGUAAUGCUUGUUAAAAUGUCAGUUAUGAUUUCAUACGUGAGGUUUUAGGACUCGUGCCAAAUGGAACUUUUUCGUUAUUCAAUUAGCUAUGGCUUGCUUCCCCUACCUCUGGAAACAGGUUUCGGACAGCUAGUUAUGCAGUUUUUCCUAGAGUUCAUGUUCCUACAAAGUAAACCCCAGUUGUCCUGGUUGGACAGAUCUUGUUCCCCAGAGCAGGUGCCAUUAAGUGGGGGAUUGACAACAACCGGGUUGGGUGUCGGUUUCAGGUGGCUUCGUCUUCUUCUUCACAAGGCCCUCCAACACUUCUCAUGGUUCUCAUGGCUCAAAGGGUUACGGUCACAAUUGAACCAAGUCUCUCGGCAGGACAAACAAGUUCUGCUUAUAGUUGAUCUGUGGAGAGCCCUACCAUUGACCUUGGUGCCUUCUCGUCUUGUCGAUACCCUUGGGUUUUCUUUAUCAAAAUGAUCGUAAAUAGAUGGUUAGCAUUCAUGAGGGGGGUCUCAUGCACUGCAUCUAUCCCAUUCCUCGAAAUUUUUUGCUAUCCAUGUUUUUUGUCGUUGAUAACCAUGCCCUAAUAUCAUCCAAAGAAACAGGAUAUGUGGCUAGUAGUGGUGUCUCCCCUUUGAGGUGAACCCAAAAUAAGGGAAGAAUUAAAUUCUGUUUUGGAGGCAUUUGAGCUUCUUUUCGUUCUUUGAUUCCUUGGGUUGUAUUGAACAAUGUGGUCUUGUCUUUAAUGUUUCUUGGCUUCAUCUAUAAGCAUUGUCAGUGUCUUGGUCUAUUGACUCUAUUCAUUUUUUUUUCUUUCCCCUCUUUCUCUAUUAGCCUCCCUUUGUUUUCUUGACUAGUCACCUGCCUCAGCGAGGCCACAGGAUUCAACCUCCUGGCGUCAUCCUCUAGGAGCAUGUCCCUUUAAUGCUGUUAAAUAUGCUUUUUAAAAAGCAAUAAAUGGGUUUCCAAAAUUCAUUUCACAUCUAUUUCUUAAGUGAAACUUUCCCUUGAGGUUGUUUUAUUGGCAAUCUAAGUUUUGCAUUCAAUUUUUUAUGAGGUUUAAGUGCAUAAAUUGGGUGGAUAAAGAGCUCGCUUGGGUGUGAUUUUGAAAGGGAUUAAAAGUGCUUCUCGACACUCGAAAGCUCUUUCUCAUAAAAAUAAGGUAUUUGACAAUUUUUUUAAAACCACUUUUAAAUACUUAAAGAAUUCAUAGAUUUUUUUUUUUAAUUUUUUAAUAUUUUUUUUUUACUAUAUGUUGCAUUAUGAAAACACUUUCUAAAUUUCAUAUCCAAACAUUAAAAGAUUACUUUUAAAUGUGUUUCAUAUGAAAGGGUUUCUAACAGGGGAGAUAGAUAUAUUUUAACCAGAAUCACUCUCAAACCCCGGUUCUAAGUAUUAAGAAACAAGUUGUUAUUGGAUUUAGGUUGAGUAUAACAUGUGGGAAUUCAUACAAUUUGUUUAACAAGUUGGAAUGUCCAAGCACUUGGCCAACCGAAAGCUCCAAGGAAGAGGCCAAAGGGAAAGUGAGCAAAGGCCUGUGACAAAAGAAUAAGACUGUUACCCUGUUGAGCAUAUUAUUGCAGGAACUGAAAAAAGAUUUGGAUCAAGCUUGGAGUUGGGUUUGUCUGCAUGCCUUAAGCAUUUUUUCAAACUGCUUGGAAAUUGGAUGUAAUUCUCUUUUCUACCCUAUGCCAUAUGUAGGGCUUUUUCCUAAUCCAUCCAAGAAGCAAGAAUAUACUCUAGAAAGCAGAUGUUUUUGAGCAAAUAUUUCACAGUUUCAAUUAACUAUGCUUGUAGUAUGGUUGAAGCACAUCUAUUUUCAGUUAAUGCUGGAUUGGUCCUAGCUUAGAAUCUUUUAGUUUUUCCUAAUUUGUAAAAACUAAAGACAAAGGUUGUUGAAUGAUUGAGAAGGAAUUUAACUUUGAUUUGUUUUAUAAUUUGAUUUGAUGCCUUCACCAAAAAGACAAAUCCCUUCACACAAAUUUGUGGCUUAUGAACUCUUUCUGCUACGUGUCAAUAUUGCUCCCACAGCUGCUAAAUCAGUCGAUGGUUUAUAGGCAAAGUCUGAGAAAAGAAUACAGAAGUAGACAAAUGGAGGUAUGUGCUGGUUGUGGCUGUGACUGCUAAGAUGCAUUAAGAGGCUUGAUAAAACAGAGGUGAACAGUUAAAACAAGUGGAAAGCCUGUAGUUUUAGGUGUUGGAAAGGCCUUACAUUCACCUGUCCCAUAACUUUAUAAAAAGCUAUAUGCUCACAUGAUUUCCAAGCAUAAUCUAAGGGUUGCUAUCUCUUUUUGGCUACCAUGUCUACAACAGUAGCUGAAGAGAGAGGUGGCGGGGAUGGAAGAGAGGAGUACACAGAAGAUGGGACUGUGGAUCUCAAGGGUAGACCUAUCCUAAGAUCGAAGACUGGAAGAUGGAGAGCUUGUUCCUUCAUUGUAGGAUAUGAAGUGUUUGAGAGGAUGGCAUAUUAUGGGAUUGCUUCAAACCUAGUGCUAUAUUUGAAAAGGGAGCUCCAUGAAGGCACUGUUAAAUCUGCAAACAAUGUCACCAACUGGGUUGGUACCGUAUGGAUGGCUCCGAUUUUAGGUGCUUACAUUGCAGAUGCUCAUCUUGGCCGGUACUGGACUUUUGUCAUUGCAUCAGGCAUUUAUCUCUUGGGAAUGGGUCUGUUAACCUUAGCAGUUUCGCUGCCAGCACUAAAGCCUCCGUCAUGCGGUCAUGGGGUGAAAGAUGAGGACUGUGACAAACGGGCCUCAACGUUCCAAGUGGCUAUAUUCUAUCUGGCUCUUUACAUAAUUGCAGCUGGAACUGGUGGAACCAAGCCCAACAUCUCAACCAUGGGAGCAGACCAAUUCGAUGACUUCCAGCCCAAGGAAAGAAUUCAGAAGCUCUCCUUUUUCAAUUGGUGGAUGUUUAGCAUUUUCUUUGGUACCCUCUUCUCCAAUACUUUCCUUGUGUAUAUACAAGAUACCGUUGGGUGGAGCCUUGGCUAUGGCCUUCCCACACUUGGGCUGGCAAUUUCAGUCUCGGUGUUCUUGGUGGGUACCCCCUUCUAUAGGCACAAAGUGCCUUCAGGGAGUCCCUUCACUAGGAUGUUUAUGGUACUUGUGGCUGCAGUGAAGAAGAGGAAGGUGGAUGUCCCAAAUGACCCAAAAGAGCUUCAUGAGCUGAACUUGGACGAGUAUGCCAAAUCUAGGACUUUUAGAAUCGAUCAUACCCCUUCACUAAGACUACUAGACAAAGCCGCUGUAAAGAGUGGGCCAACCUCACCUUGGAUGCUUUGUCCAGUGACCCAAGUUGAAGAAACUAAGCAAAUGAUCAAAAUGAUUCCCAUUUUGGUUUCUACAUUCUUGCCUAGCACCAUGUUAGUUCAGGUGUCCACACUUUUUAUCAAACAAGGCGACACUCUUGAUAGGAACAUGGGCCCAAAUUUUGUUAUUCCUCCAGCUUGUCUCACAGCAUUUGUAACAAUCUUCAUGUUGAUAAGCAUAGUAAUCUAUGACCGCUGGUUCGUUCCAUUAGUUCGAAAGUAUACAGGGAAUCCAAGGGGGAUCACAAUGUUGCAGAGAAUUGGAAUUGGCAUCGUGCUUCAAAUCAUUGUCAUGGUCACUGCUUGCUUAGCCGAAAUGAGGAGACUCAGGGUCGCAAGAGAAAAUGGAAUUUUCGGUAAAACGCAAACUGUCCCUCUUACUAUUUUCAUUCUCCUCCCUCAGUUUGCUCUGAUGGGUAUUGCUGAUACCUUUGUGGAAGUGGCCAAGAUCGAGUUCUUCUAUGACCAAGCACCUCAAGGAAUGAAAAGCCUCGGUACUUCAUAUUUCACAACCAGCUUGGGAGUUGGGAGUUUCCUCAGUAGUUUUCUUCUAUCAACAGUUUCUGAUAUAACUAAGAAGCAUGGCCAAGGGUGGAUUGAGAAUAAUCUAAACGUUUCUCAUUUGGACUAUUUUUAUGCAUUCUAUGCCAUCUUGAGCUUCGUCAACUUCCUCUUCUUCCUCGUGGUCGCAAAGUUCUAUGUUUAUAAUGUGGAUGUGGACAUGACGGAAUCCAAAAGAGAACUACAGAAAGCCAUGGAAACUUCACCAAGUGAAGCUAGAUCUCAAGUUAACGAAGUCCUUUUGAAGGGACUAGGCUGAUUAAACUUGUAUUUUGUUAGAAGAUAAUCUUUUACCUUCUUUCAUACUUGAAAUUAAUACACCAUCACUGUAAAACUCAUGGUGAUGGCAUCCGGAUCGUCCUUGUUUUUGCUUGUUUUUGGUGGUCACAAAGAUGUCAUACAAAGCUUAUUGAGACUGUGAUGAAAGAAAUUUGUACUUCCAUGGAGGUUCUCUAAUUCAAGACCGUCUCUCAAGAUUCUGAA